UUGUCGUUAAAAAUUUCAUUCAAACAUAACAUGUCAGUCAUACUGUGCACUGAGUCAAAUCUAGUUGUGUUGCGACCUUCUCUUGUAUUAUCAGAGUUUUCCAACAUGCUUGUACUUUUGUUAACGAUUUUCAGUGUGCUAACCGUGGCUAGUGCCGGUCCCAUUCCUAGCGAUUCACAAAAUACGACAAUUACCAACAUAGAAGAUUUCUUCCAACAUUCACUCAAUGGGCUGGCAGGUGCUCUGAUAUCACAACACAAUACGAGCUCUCCGGAACAUUACCAAUCGACGGAUGGCAGUAUACACGCCGUGGUGAAACCACUUAAUCUGGCACCUCUGCAAGCCAUUGCCUUCCGUCCAAACAACAACCAGCUCAUACUGCACAACGCGACAAACUUGUUCAAGAACGAAUCGAUCGGAGUGGAUCUAAUUCAGGUUGAUUUGAAACCAUCAAGCGAAUCUACCACAGUAGCGGUCAUACCGACCUCGACAGAACAGUCAGCAAUUCUUGAGAAAAUCCCAACCUCGAUUGUUAGUGGAAUCGUCAGUACGAAUGAUACUAGUAAAACAAAUGAAGAAGUAAAAACUACUGCCAGUACAACAGGAUCAACCCGACCGUCCCAUGUCAGCGCAACCAGUGAGCCAAUUGAGAUUGUGACGCCCGUUCAAGAAUUACACGGUCAGAACGUAACUGCAGCUUCAGUUACCGAACAACCAAACUCAUCUGAAUCUUCACAAUCAGCGGAAUCUUCCGAAUCUAAAGAGGAUCUAAAAGAUAAGAUUAAGGAAGUGGAAGCGGAACCUGUAAUACUAACAGCAGGGGUAUAAUAUUUCAUUUAUAUUAUGUAAUAAAUUCUAUCUUACGAAUAUAUAAUAUCUGCGAUAAGUGAAAGUCACUAUCAAA